GGGGCGUUUUCAGGGGGCGGGGCUUAUUCUGUAACACGGAACUGUUGUUUUGGACUCGUCGUUGAAGAGCGAAAAGAAGAAAACGCAUCUUCUGUCACUUCGAAGAAACUCUAUUUUUUGUUGAACCUAUUGUCAUAAACGAUGUUCCGCUUGCGGGCGCUUUCGGCGGCCUCUGUGGGCCUGGCCCUGAUGUCUCGGCGCUACCACAGUGGGCCGGUGCGGACCCAGGGCCGACGGAGGCUGAUACUGGCAGCCCUGGCUGGGGUCACAGGGAUAUCGGCCAGCACAGGACUGCUCUGGACAAGGGCGUACGCGGACGCCGGCCCGUCGGUCCGUCACGCCGAGGGGGCGGAGCCUGAGGCCGAGGAGUUCCCCAAGGACGCCGAAUCGGACGUGGAGUCGGACAAGUCCGUGGAGGCCACCAGUGGAGAGGAGGAGGGAGGGGAGGAGGAGGGCGGCGCCGGUGGCGAGGGGAAGAAAAAGAAGGUUCGCUCUGGAUUCCGCGACCGCAAGGUGAUGGAGUAUGAGAACAGGAUCAGGGCGUACUCAACCCCGGAUAAGAUCUUCCGCUACUUUGCGACGCUGAAGGUCAUCAGCGAGCACGGAGACCCCGAGGUGUACAUGACCCCCCAGGACUUUGUGCGCUCCAUCACCCCCAACGAGAAGCAGCCUGAGAGUCUGGGCUUGGACCAGUUCAUGGUGAAGCGCUACGAUGGCAAGGACUUCUGGCAGACGGAGAAGAUAGCCCAGGAGCGGGAGAAGUUUGCGGACGAGGACAGUAUAUUCUUCUCGCUGGGAGAAUGUGGCCUCAUCUCCUUCUCAGACUACAUCUUCCUCACUACCGUCCUCUCCACUCCCCAGAGGAACUUUGAGAUUGCCUUCAAGAUGUUUGAUCUGAACGGAGAUGGAGAGGUCGAUCUGGAGGAGUUUGAGCAGGUCCAGAGCAUCAUCCGCUCCCAGACCAGCAUGGGCAUGCGCCACCGCGACCGCUCCACCACGGGGAACACCCUGAAGACGGCGGGCUGCAGCUCCGCCCUCACCACCUACUUCUUCGGCGCCGACCUCAAGGGGAAGCUGACCAUCGGCAGCUUCCUGGAGUUCCAGAGGAAGCUGCAGCACGACGUGCUCAAGCUGGAGUUUGAGAGGAAUGACCCUGCGGAGGGGCGGAUCAGUGAGAGGCAGUUCGGAGGCAUGCUGCUCGCCUACAGCGGCGUCCAGUCCCGCAAGCUCAAGCAGAUGCAGAAGGGCCUGAAGAAAAUGUUCAAAGAUGCCCAGGGCAUCACGUUCGAGGAGGUGGAGAACUUCUUCACCUUCCUGAAGAACGUCAACGACGUGGACACGGCGCUCAGCUUCUACCACAUGGCUGGAGCCUCCAUUGAUAAAGCCACCAUGAAGCAGGUGGCCCGCACCGUAGCCAAAGUCGAGCUGUCCGACCACGUGUGCGACGUCGUCUUCGCCCUGUUCGACUGCGACGGUAACGGGGAGCUGAGCAACAAGGAGUUCAUCGCCAUCAUGAAGCAGCGUCUGAUGCGUGGCCUGGAGAAGCCCAAGGACAUGGGCUUCACGCGGCUGGUGCGCGCCAUGUGCAAGUGCGCCCAGGACACCGCCUGGGACUUCGCCAUGCCUAAGACGCAGUAGAUCCCCGGGUACGGACGGACGGACUUGUGGGUGGGGGUCAUGGAUGCACCGUCUCGGUGGGAAACCAAAGACUGGAUUCCUUUUUGGGAAUUUAAACAACGGGACAAAGAAAAGCAUAUGUAUCAUGAAGUCACCUCCGCCCCGAGACGAUGGCUUACUUACCGCGCAUGUCAGUGUGGCGAGAGCUUUACCAGCGCUCCCUUUAGCAUGCUCCACACCGCCACGGCUAAUCAGAGGCUUCUCAUGCGUCUUCUGUGUUCCCUGGGGAAAAGCAUCAUGGGUAUUUGGGCGCUGCAAACGUUUUGUAUUUAUCUUUUGGGCCUUUUGGUUGAAUGCGGAAGGGCAGGGCCAACCCUAGCAGCCGAGAGUGACCUUUGCUUUGUUUUUUUGUUCCGAAUAAGAAGAGUACUUUUAUAGCCAUUGUUGAUAACAAUUUAAGGGUCUGACGGAUACCAUCAAGUCAAGGAGCUGGGAUGGCCCUCGACAGUCACCAGGCCCCCGCACAUCGUCCAUGGUUUGUGUUGAGGGACAGUUAUGGAUCUUGGUCUUUAAACCUGUAUGAACAUUCGACAUGUUAUGUUUAUCGGUUAGUCCAACAGCUUAAAAGGCAACACUAUUCCCUUUUAAUAUUGGGCCUCAAUAUAACGACCCAACCUCCCAGCUGUAUUUCCUUGCAAUAUUCCGUUCAAAGUGUGUAACUGCGUGAUUGUUGUCCUUUCUUUCAGAGUGACUUUAUAAGAUUGAUACUAAGUUAUGCUCCAUUAAAAUGUUUUUCAUAACAGAAAUGA